AUGCGCCUUAUGCGCUGGCGAUCACACUGCCAACUUCAAGGGUUGCCCUAUAAAAAGUUCGAUUUGUCCAAAAACAAAAAACCAGCCCUCCGCUCCAACAACAAUACAAAUGUACCAACGCCUACAAAGUCUUCGUCAAACGAUGUCCCAGGUCCAGGUGAUCAUGCUCAGCAGCUUCCAAGGAAAUCCUAUGCUGCAGCGACCAAAACGGUAACCUCUUCCAUGAAAUCCAUCUUAAAUGUUCUAUCAGAAUUCAUUUCUAAUUUUAACUCUUUAAUUACUCCACUAAUUAAUCUCCUUACCGAGAUUGUCAACAAACGUUUCUAUCCAUAG